GGCCACCCAACACUCCUUUCAAAUUCGAUUCCUGUAUAUAUUGCGAGCACCUGUACAGACAUUAGUAAAUUGUCUACGCUCAUAUAUCGACGUUCCUUUCAUCUAUCCUCCAGAAGACUACCACAGCAUGUCUCUGAAAUCUUUGGUGCUGGCUGCUGCCAGUGCCCUCAUAUACCUGCCUACUAGCACUGGUCUAGCAACUGGAAUGCAGGCUGCUACGUAUCUUGAAUACGCCGACGCAGCCUACUCUCUUGUCGAUUCCUACACCGCCUCCAACUUCUUCUCCGAAUUUAGCCUCUUUUCAGGUGGUGAUCCCACCAACGGCUUCGUGAACUACCAGGGCUCCCUAUCUGCAGCUCAGUCUGCUGGUCUCGUCAACACCAACAACAACCAGAUUUAUAUGGGCGUAGAUCACACCACCGUCAAUCCCUCAUCACCUGGCCGUGCCUCCGUCCGGUUGACCUCUAAUAAAGCCUACACACAUGGCCUAUUUAUCGCUGAUAUUGCGCACAUGCCUGGCUCAAUCUGCGGCGUUUGGCCAGCAUUUUGGCUCUUCGGCCCCAACUGGCCCAACUCCGGCGAAAUUGACAUUAUCGAAGGCGUCAACCAAGCCAGCACCGACCAGAUAACGCUGCACACGGCCGCAGGGUGCACCAUCAACACCGCGGGGUCGCAGUCCGGGAUCACGCUCACAAACUCCAACUGCAACGCGGGCAACGCUGGCGAUGGAUGCGGCGUCACGACGUCGAUGCCCAAUGCUUACGGCGACUCGUUUAACAACAAUGGCGGCGGGACGUACGCCAUGCAAUGGGAGAGCUCGGGUAUCUACGUCUGGUUCUGGCCUGCUGGCUCGGUGCCCUCGGAUGUGACGUCGGGCCAACCAGUUACAGGGAACUGGGGCCUGCCGGUGGUGGCGUUCAAUGGAGGCAGUGGAUGCACAAUUGAUAACUUCUUCUCGGAUCAGUCAAUCGUGUUCGACACGACCUUCUGCGGAAGCUGGGCUGGAGCUGUCUGGUCUUCGGGGUCUUGUUCGAGCUAUGCGGAUACUUGCGCUGAUUAUGUUAGUGGGAACCCAGGAGCUUUUACGAACGCAUACUGGCUCGUUAACUCAGUCAAGGUCUAUCAACAGUGAGGAGAGCACAGUGGUGAUGGAAGGAAAGCGUUUGGCGUUUCUUGAUUGCGAGAGUCUAUUGGGAAUUUGGGAAUGUGGGGGAUUAGGUCAAGCUAUCUGCUAUGAGGCGUUAGGCGGGUAGUCACCAGGACACUCAUUCAUCCUUAUCAUAUACUUCCAACGAAACAAGUAACGAG